UCAAGUGAUCCAAUCAGUACAUUUCAAAGUUCUGAGGACAUCUUGAAUUGGAUCGCUUUUCAAGUUGAUGAGACAAACACAUUUUCCAUCUGUGUGUCGCGAACUGAUCUCUACAACAGAGGCAUGCAACAGUGGCAACGGCAGAAGAAGACCUCACCCAAAUGUCGACUUAAGGUCACAUUCUUUGCCGAGGCAGGCAUUGAUACUGGUGCCCUUACCAAAGAAUUCCUCACAGAAAUGUUGGUAGAAAUAGAAAAAAGACUCUUUGUUGAAGGUCCAGAUAAGAAAGGGAAGAAUCCUGUUUACUGUCUUAACAGUUUGGACUGUAACUACUUCAGGACUGCAGGAGAAGUCAUAGCAGCUAGUCUGGCACAAGGCGGACCUUGCCCUAACUUCAUGCGUGAGUGGUGCUUCAGAUAUCUCUGCUCUGGUGACUCUGACAGCAUUCAAGUGUCUGCCAGUGAUGUCACAGAUUUGGAACUGUCACAGCUAAUUGUAAAGCUAAACAGCGCCAGUGAUGACAACAUCAGCGACCUGAUUGGUGACAUUGUGACCUGUGGAUACACUGGAAUCGUGUCUGUGGAUAAAAGAGACAGCAUGAUAAGAGCUGUUAUACUUCACUCCACCAUGAGACUCAUCCCGAUGCUUGACCAGCUCAGAAAAGGCCUGCAGCUCUAUGAACUACCAAAGAUCAUGAAUACCCAUCAAGACCUUUGCAAACCACUGUUUGUUACAGGGGAAGAUGAUAAGGUGGAUGCAGUCUUCAUUCUGGAGAACAGCCGCCCUGUCUUCAGUGAGAUUGGUUCUGCCAAACACCGCGUGGAAACAAACAUCAUGAACUUUUUCCAGGACUACCUUCAGGAAAUUGAGGAUUCUGAACAAGAUGGCCCAAGCAACAACAAUAUUGCUCCAGAAAGUUUGACUGUUGGACAAAUCAUGCAGUGGAUCACCGGACAGGGACACAAGCCCGUUCUGCCAAGUGAAAAGAAGGACUUUGUCAUAAACGUGAGAUUCCACCAUGACUGUGACACACAUCACACUGUUUGUUUUCCUAUUGUCAGCGCCUGCAGUCGUACAAUCACAUUUCCCUCAGCGCACCUGAAAACAUUCAGUGAAUUCAAAAACAUUAUGACACUAGCCAUAUGCCAUGGGCAAACCUUUGACAGGGUGUAACAACUCACUCCAAGGGAAAACUACCAAGUAACUGCCAUAAGUCAAAAUAUGCAUUGUAUUGUUUUAUUGGCAUUUUUAUUUGACAACUUCUUGUUUCUGUGAAUAACUUUGUGAU